UCAUGCUGCUGCCAGGUCCAGAGUCUCUCAUGGGUCCCUGUACGGCCUCCCAUUGCUGCUGUCUCCAUCGCCACACUCUGCCAUGUGCCACUUUCAGGUCUCCUCACACACUGCUGGUGUGUAGAAUUUUUUGACAUAGGGUGCUGGCAGAUUACGGGCCUCCCAUAGCUGCUGCUGCCAGGCCCCUAAUCUGCCAUGGGCCCCUAUAUACCGCCUCCUCAUGCUGCUGCCAGGUCCAGAGUCUCUCAUGGGUCCCUGUACGGCCUCCCAUUGCUGCUGUCUCCAUCGCCACACUCUGCCAUGUGCCACUUUCAGGUCUCCUCACACUGCUGGUGUGUUGAAUUUUUUGAC